CCUAGUAUGAACAAAAUUAAUGGCGGCUAGCUUGACUGCUACUUUUCGAGUGGAGGCUGGCUUGACCGCAGUGUUUCGAAGGGCAGUUGGACAGUUGCCGCAUGUUGUAUUUACGUGCGGGGUGGAAUAAAGCAGCCUGCUUGGGUGCUUGGCCUGUUUUGCAGCCUCUCGGUGAUUACACCUGAUCGUGUAAUUGCCCGAUCUACACGAACUUAUCGAAUCGGAUUGUGUGGAGCCGCUUGAUUACCACAAUUGCAAAAAUCGACUUCUGCUUGCUCUUACUGGACACUACAACAAUUCCUCGUAGUUGAAUGGAAAGAGGACCCUUUAUUUGAGAAAACCAUAUGAAGAUGAGGGUUUCCACCAUCAAACUGCAGCAGCUCACCAUAUUCACCACCCUGCUGACUGGAGGGGGGAUUGGCACCAUGUACUACCUGAUGCAGAAGAAAUUUGCAGAGUCAGACUACCACCAAGUGGCCCUCCAGAAGUUGGAAGCAUGUGCGGUCGCCAUGGAGAGUUUGGGAGCUCCACCUUUAAAAAUUCACAACAUCCAUCUGACUGACAGAGACAAUCGAAUAGAUCAGCAAACAGCACAGAUAAAGAUUCCUGUGACUGGCUCAAGAACUGGUGGCUAUUUGUAUGCAUCUUCCAUCAGAGACCCAGACACCAACAGGUGGAGUGUGAAGCUGGCAGUUUUGAGGCUCAAAGACGGGCAGACCUUCAACUUAAUGAACCCUCCAUCAAUUGCGACAGAAUACACUGAAUGCAGUGUGCAGGAUACGGACUGACUGCAUCUACUCAGCAUAACUUCAAGGGGGCCCGGUGGACGACUGGUUAGCAGAUCUGCCUCACAGUUCUGAGGAGCCGGGUUCAAAUCCGGCCUCGCCUGUGUGGAGUUGUGUUGGAAAAAAAAAAAGAAGAUACAGACGUGUGAUGUCAUCUGGAGAGGACCGUUCGGGCUGUCCGUUCUUCAAGGAAAGCUUGAGCUAAUGUUCACAUACUUUAAAUACUGCUAGCAAGCAGACAACAUGACAUUUUGGAGCGAGCUAAAUAGUUACCCAGUGCGAGCACUGACGUUUGUACGUAACCAUUAUGACGGUGUUCUGUUCUCAUAAAGUUUUGAUAAAGAUAUGCCUGAAUAAAUGCCGAAUGAAGGAGACUAAAAUAUAAGUGGAUCGAGGUUUCUCUUGCCCGGACGCAGGUCACCGGGGCCCCCCCCUCUGGAGCCAGGCUUGGAGGUGGGGCUCGAAGGCAAGCGCCUGGAUGCCCGAAAGGUAAUGUGGGUCCCGCUUCCCAUGGAGCCACCACCAGUCCACUCUUACGUUUGAAUCAAUCCAAAAUGUUUUGCUUAUGCGAAUGUAUCAAAUUAUUAGCAGAAGUCAUAAUACACCAAUGAUGGGUGAUUCUCAACCAGCGUGCACAAUAGGGUGUCGUCGGCGCUCUUCAGGUGUGUCGUGGGAAAUUCCAAAAAUAUAUAAAUAUUAUACAUUAUUACAUAGAUAUGGCUCAAAACAUAUAUUUCCAAGAAAUAAUGUAUGUUUGUUCAUCUUUGUGCCAGUGAAGCACAGCGACAGACAGAACAAAUAAAUGCUCCUCUAUUAGAUGGCAAGCAGUAAUUAAUAUAUCCACUUUUUGUGACAUUUUUGUUUGUUGGUGUGCCGUGAGAUUUUUCAUUUUUUAAAAUGUGUGCCUUGGGUCCAUAAAGGUUGGAAAUGACUGGUGUAUAUAAACGCAGACAUCAAUUUUGGCCAGUAAACAACUGAAAAUGUUACCAAAUGUACCUUUAAAGACGGAGCUACGUACAGUAUGCAACAUGCGUAUUCUAACAUUGCCGAGUGUUAAAUCUUCAACUUCAAAAAGGUGUUCAGAACAAACACAAAUGUAUAGAUUGGGAAUCUGGCCAGAGUGAAAUGAGCUCAGCUAAUUUGUGAAAGACACAAUGUUCGCUCUCCUCCCCUUGACAAUGAUGGUCGAGAUCAAAUGUAGCUUAUUACCAAGAAUCCUGUUACAUAACGUCAAAAAAAUCUACUCCAUCUGUCAGAGAAGCUCACUGUUUGGAAAAUGUAGCCUCCUACACAAUCUUAUCGCUGCUAAGCCAAUGUGAAAGGUUCAAGGUUGUAUACUUGUAUGAGAUAUUUCACAUGCAUACUUUAUGAAGUGAGAAGACGGAUUUCCUGUAACUGUUGCACUUUUCUGAAAUCUUUCAUCUGACUGAACAGAUCAUUUGUACCCGUUUUCUUUCUAGCCUUUACAUUUAAACCCUUAAUCCAGGUUUCUGUUGCCUUGCAUUCAUUAUUCAUUUAGCUGAUCAAUUUUGAAAUACAAACAGUAGUGGAGUGCGCUAAGGACCUCGGUGCAUGUUAUUUGAACAGAUUUGACUGCUGCACUAACACUUUUUAUAUGUACAAAGCAUGUAUAUAUAUACUGUAAUUGUCUGUUGGGUGCAAAUGUCAUCAAGUUUGCAUUUGUUUCCAAUAAAUGAUGACUGUUCGGCAUCAUCCCGUGACGUUCUCAUGCGCAUAGCGGGCCCAAAUAAACUUGCUCAUUAUCUCCUGUG